AUGGCCACCGCCACCAGGGCCACCCUCGCCACCGUCGCCACUAUCGCCACCGCUAACAGGGCCACGCACUAUCGCCACUACCACCCUGGCUACGCAAGGAUGACUCUAACGAUCGAGCCGGUCACUAUGGUGAGCAACACCCGCGGAAGAGACAGGAGCACCCCUCAGCCCGGCCCGUCACGGAGAACGGCAACCGAAGCCCUUGAGGACUUCGACAGCCAGACCCAAGAUCGUCAGAGAGAGGAACCAUUCGAGACAAGGGACUUGCCCCAGGAGCCCCUAGCAGCCGUUUCCUCCACCAUGGACCCCCAGCAAUUCCAGGCAUUAAUCAUGCAGGCUAUGACCAACUUCUCCGCUGGCCUCGGCGACCUAGGCACUACCCUGGCCAACCUAGGAACCAAAGGAGGACCCUAUCGAUCGAAGGACGACCGCCCUCCUACCUAUGCGGUCAGCAAGCUUAAAGUCGACGCCUCCUUCCAGGACAGAGAAGACUGGCUCCUAGCCGUGGAGCAAGGAAAUACCACCCGCCAAGACCGCCCUCAAUGGCUCCAGGUCCAAUGGGCUAGUACCUGGAUGGAGCCCGAAACGCAGCAACAAUGGCGGGCCUACCAGAAGCAGCUUCAUGAUGGGGACUUCGAGCGGGUCAUGUGGCAAGAGUUCAAAGAAUACGUCAAUUCGAACUACCUAGGUAGUGUGACGGCGGUCCACAGCAGCUAG